CCGUAAACAAGUCAUAAGAUUUCAUUAUUAUAAUAUUAUGUGAACACAGUGAUGUUUGCUGUUUGCUUGAUUUUUCUUUCGUCUAUUUUGUCAGUUUCAGAUGCCAGUUCCAUCGACAACAAUCCUGGAACUGUCAGUAUACAUGAAAACUAUGAUGGAACACACAACAUGUGGAGCAUCUCGGCCACGUGCUAUGUACGAUACACUACAUCAUACCAGUGUAAUACGAAGCGAUACACAAACUGUGGCGUAUUCGGGUGGGGAUGGCGUGCGUGUACUUACUACGUGACAAAAACGUGUUAUCAACAUUCCUACGCCAAUGUCGCUUGCAACCAGUUUUACAUCAAUUCCGACCCGUCAGGAAACUUUCAAAUGAGCGGUUCCACCGUUCAGAAGAAGACAUGUACAUCACUUUACUGUGGUCCAACGUGUAACGCUGACGGAUGUCUUAACAGUGGUGAAUCUCAUACUGUUGGUGUUACUGCUUAUAGAACUGGAUACGAAACAAAUGGUGCCAUUUCUGGAUCGUUCACUGUCAGCGUAUAUGCAGCCAAUCCGCCAACAUUUUACUACAGUUCUGGGAACUCAAUAAGUGUAUCCCACGACACGGCUGGUAUAGGAACCGUCAUCAACACAUUAGUUCCGUCCUUUAUUGAUAACGGUUACGAUUAUGAUUACAUACGGUAUCGUCAGAACAGCGGGCCGGGGAAUUCAUAUAUACACGGGACAUCCAAUCUCUUCUAUUUGGACACAUCUAACGGACAGGUCAAAGUUGGGAAAGAUUUGACUCUAGAAUUUUCUUAUUAUUUCAAUAUGAACUUAUGCGUUUAUGACAGAAGGCAUAGGGAAGUUUGUCAUGAUCUCAACAUUACCUUGUGGGCGUGUUUUCAGACGCCAACGUGUUAUGACCAAUCAGAUAAUAAUAUUAUUGAUACAUAUGGAACACGCACUGGUCACAGUGGAAGCAGUGACACGAUUUUCAACAUGAACUAUCCACAACCAACGGAACAUUUCCCAGCAUUCAGUUCUGUAUGGCAUGACCUCACGUGGACUUUUGAUUUGAACGAAUUCCCAGAGGCAGCCAUUAAUUCUGAUACAGGAGAAAUAUACAUCACUCGUAAUAUCAGCAUUUGGCCGUCAUGGCCGACACAAGAUUACAACCAGGUGGUACGGGUGGCCAACUCACAGUCCUGUUACACAACAACGUGUAACUUUAAAGUUCGAAUCCACUACACUAAUUGGCCAAUAGAUAUCCGCAGUUUGCCCACAACCUAUUACCUUCACGAGGAUUAUGAUUGGGAGAGGCGCAUUCAUUCAUUAAUAACAUAUGAUUAUAAUUAUUACUGGGAAGACAAUGUCACGUGCCAAAUAAUCAGCUGGUCCCCUAGUGAGGCUAAUAUGUUUGAGCUUAGACAUGACGGGAACCAUUCCUAUAAUUCAUACAGCCUUUAUAAGCUGAGAUGUCAGACACCAGGAUGUGGUUACAAAUACCAACAACCCCGGGCUUAUUACUGUGAUACUGAUAUCGGUUGUUUAACUCACAACCGGACUCAACAAUAUACAGUGACAAUACAGUGUUGGGACGGGUACAACUCAACCGACGUUGAGGUCUUUACGUUUCGUGUUGUUAAAAAUGCAGUGCCUGCCUAUAGGCAUUUACCGACCCACAUUGAUCUUAAUCGACAGACAGUGUCAUAUCUAGACAACAUUUUCGAGAUAAUGUACUCGGACGCUGAAAACGAAAACUUGAUUUAUGAAUAUACAUACCAAGACGUUGAUACCAAUGUUGAUCCGAACUACUUUCUGGGAACAACUUGGGGAAACUAUUACAAUCAACUAGGCAACAUUACCAUGACAACAUAUUUAUGGGAUAAGGAAGUCAACAAAACUUACAGGAUUCACGUUUGUGGUCAUGAGAGGAGGAACGAGAUCUGUGAAGAUCUCACGAUCGACGUAGAAGAAUAUUGCAGUGCCACGCCUCAGUGUAACGAUGGCACAUUUUCAACGAAUACCGAGGCUAGUGUAGGCGACGAAAUGUUUGACAUAUCAUCUCUCGUGUAUGGCGGUACCUUUAGUGGUCUCAGCUAUUCUAUAAAAUCAGAUCCCUCUUCAUUAUUCACAGUUGAUUCUUCAACAGGAUCAGUUACCCUGGCGGAACAGUUUGAGGAGGUAUUUGACUCGGCUACAUAUUCAAUAGUUGCUUACGUUUUCAAUGACGGAUCUUGUAAUUAUGCUCAGUGUCAACUAACUGUUGUAGUUAGCGCUGUUAAUUAUGCGGUUGAGAUAACAAAUUUGCCAGCGACUGUUGCUAUAUCCGAGGAUACUACAACGUCAGGAACUUUGUUUACAGUGUCAACAUCUGAUGCUAAUUCUGCUGACACGUACACGUGUGAAAUUGUCAACACUAACUCGGUUGAACCAUUUUAUCUUGAUAGAAUUCCACCAAUAUCUGGAAUGUAUGCAGUACUGAACAGAGAGAACGGAGGGUUGUCGUCUGCUACAACAACUUAUUCCGUGUCAAUCGAGUGUACGGACAGUCAUAGCGGAAGUGAUACAGACAUCCUAACAAUUACUGUAACACUGAACGAAGCUCCAACUUUCACAAGUUUUUCAACCGCGACACCAAACAGCUUUAAUGCAGAUCCCAUGAAUUAUAAAGUUGGUGACACACUACAUACAGUGGCCGCUACAGACAAUGAAGGAGAUGACCUCACCUUCACAUGUACUAUAGCCAACUCGCAAGUACCUUAUGAAUGUGAAACAGAGGCGACAUCAGUGAAGUUAAAGAUAAAUCGAGAACUAAGAAUAGUUGAUGAUGAUGGUCAGACAUAUAGUGUCCAGAUUUGUCUUAAAGAUCCCAAACAUGCUGACCAAUGUGGAGAUCUAGAUGUCACAUUUACACGAGUUAAAACUCACCCAGAGAUUACCAACUUACCAGAUUCAAAAUCGUUUCCCGAGGAUACCUCCGUCGGCGCUAAUUUAUUCACGGCGGCGAUAUCAAAUCCAGACGUCGGAGAAACCAAUACUGUUACCGUCCGAGUUGACCCAAAUUCAGAACUAUCUGUGUUUAGUUUGGAUACAUCAAAUGGAAUUUUGACUCUUAGCCAAUUUCUUGACUAUGAACGUGUCAAUAGCUACAUGUUUACGUUCUCUGUGAGAGAUGACUAUCUUGACGGACUAGCGGAGAAAACUCUGAAAGUUGCCGUGACAAACGUCAAUGAAGGCAACUCCAUCAGUGCUUCAACAACUGCUAUAUCAUUUACAGAGGAUACGGCUGCGGGCACGGAACUAUCAGAUCCUGGAUUGUCUUGCACUGAUAUAGAUGGUGACACAACACAAUACGCCAUACAGAGUGGUCUUCAUAACGACUUCUUUAGUAUUGACAGUAACAAUGGUCAUAUCACGUUGGCAAAAGUAUGGGACCUGGAAGACUCGAGCACAACUUUACCUUCAUCGACAUCUCUGAUAAUAAGUUGUACGGAUCCUGGCGGUCUUAGUUCAACAACAGCGAUAACUGUGAACGUACAAGACGUCAACGACCACGCACCUGUUCUAUUAAUUGAUGCCGGUUUCAGUCAACCAAUAGCGAUAACGCGCACAACAACUUUGUAUGCUGACCUUAUGACAUUUAGCGCGAGCGAUUUAGACCGAAGUGACGACAACGAUUUUGAAUUUGAGAUCAUGGGUGAAGGUGUUGGGGCUGAAUACUUUAGAAUGGUCAAAUCUGGUACUUCAACAGCAAUACUUAGACUGAAGAAAGCGCCUGACUUUACAAAUGAUAAAACAUUUUCAAUAACUAUCAAGGUUUCGGACGGUGACACUUUGCCACUGUUUGGCGGAGAAACAGUGUCCAUGAAUUACACGGCAGGGGAUCCCGACGAAAACAAAGCGAAACAAGAGGCCAAAUGUCUAAGAUGUACAAGUAGCGGAAAGGCAAUUUUGGCAGUAAUUAUCGUAGAAAGCGUUGUCAUCGCGCUUUUCUUGAUACAUGUUUUUGUCCAGUGCUUUAUAUUGAAAAAGCCAAAACGUCUCCCAAAGGCUACGGAAAUGUCAUGUAAUCAACGGUUCAAGCCAAUGAAAAAUACGGAGGGAAAGAAGAAUUCAGUAGUGUCAAAGAAAACUGCAUUUUCUUCACUUUCUGCUGUUACAACAACAAAUGUAAUGAAAAUGAAUCGAAUGGAAAUGAACAGAAAAAUGGAGGACACACGAGAAGAAUCAAACAGUGACUCUAGCAGCAGUUUGUCCUCUGAUAGCGAGGAUGAUAUCAGAAACGCAAGAAGAGAUAUAGGGCGGAGCAGAUUCAUGCCGUCAAACGCAGGUAGCAUAGUGAGAACCCCGAGAUCAGCGGGACUAGUAGCAUCACCAGUAUACACUUCUACAGGCGGCCCUGUCAACAUCAAUGGACCAGGCGGGCUUGCCCCUGGCUUUAUUGUGUAAAAAGAAACAAAACAAUUAUAUUGAAUAUGAAAACUUUCAAACGUUUCCAUUCACCAGCAAACUUUUGGAGAAUAAUUAUGAAUUUACAUUUUAUUAAAUUGUUGUCAUUUUCUUUAAUAAAGCAAGUUUACAAUUAUAGUGAUCGAGAAAGACUAAAAUCUCAUCCUUGUAUAUGUGGUAUAAUUGAGAGUACAGCGCUUGAAUAUGUUUAUUUAGAACAGAACAUAUAUUUUAUUUUACUUGUACCAGUUUAAACAUAUUUAUCUAUAUUAGCUCGAUUGCUAAACAAGUUCUUGCAACUAAUAUAAACAUAUUAGAGUCCGCUUCCUGGAACUAACCAGUACUGAUGUCAUGAGGAAUCCUGAUCGUGACCCGAGAAGGGCUCGAUCCCACGAUAUCUGGGGCGAGAGGCAGACACUUUAAUCACCAGGCCGCCCCUCACCUUGACUUUAUGACAAAAUUUCCUGUACAUUUGAUGACAUAAAUCAUCCUUCAUUUCCUGAUCAAAUUAUGAUGCUCAAGUUUUAAGAACGUUUAUAGCUAUUCUGUUGUUAAUCAUGAUUUGUUACUAUGUAUUUGUUUAUUGUAAUAUCACAUGAUUUACAACCGUUUCGCACCAAACCCAUUGUUUUGUAUACUUGUGGCAUUACUGUUAUAUCUAUUUCAAACAUUAUUUGCAUCAUUAAAUUUUUAUUUUGUUUACUAUUAUCUUUUUAUUAUCAUGAAAAAGUGUGCAUAGAAAUAUGAAAAGAAAUAACCGUGUUUCUAGAUCGGUCCGCUCCUUGCCUCCGUUUCAGAUCUACAUGGACACAAUUUUUGUCUAACAUUAAUAGAUAUAAUUUAUAAAAGACUGUCGUAUUUUGACAGGAAACCUACCAAAAGGAUCGGCAAGAAAAAAUGCUUUCAGUUUCUAUGCAGGUCAAUG